CAUUCUUAACCCUCUUUCUUGUGCAGGAGGAAGCACCGAGUAAGGUGUUUGGUGUUCCCUUGUCACAUCUGAGGAAGACCGGACUGAUGAGACAGGGGCUUCCUCUGGCCUUAACACACCUGGUGGGCUUCCUCGAGAAGCAUGGCCUCAGUACCUGUGGCCUGUUCAGGGUUGGUGGGACAGUAUUGCGGCAGUAUGAACUGAGGAAAUGUUUUGAUCGCGGAGGCUUCCCAAAGAUGAACGUUGAGGAUGUUCAUUCCUCAGCUUACGUCUUGAAACAUUUCCUCAGGACUCUUCCCGGUGGUCUCAUUCCAGAGCCAUUCAUGAUUGAACUGCUGAAAGUGUUCAAGAUGUUCAGACUUAGCAAACGUCACAAGGCAGUGAAGAAAAUACUGGAUACCAUUCCAGAAGAAAAUUACAAUAUCCUCUGCCUUCUAACUUUCUUCCUGUCCCGAGUGGCUGCUGCGAGUCAUGCCAACCGCAUGACCACCACCAACCUGUCCAUAGAAUUUGGGCCGAUCAUCUUUCAUGUUCCUCAAGGCCCCACAAAGCUUGAGGAAGAGGAGAUGUGUAUCAGCUUCACAGAGUACAUGCUGGACAACCUCAGACAUCUACUGCCCAAUAUUUACCCUCAGGCAUCUGCCAUCAACACAGCAGAGGGAGACGCUGUGUCUGAGGCAGAAGAGGACUUCACUCCUAAAAAGUGUGUCCAGCAGGUGCUUCUCGCAGAGACUAGCUCAAAGCCAGCAAAAAUUGGGCGACUUGGGCGUCUGAGAAGACGAUUUUUGCAUUUUUGGCAAAAAUUUGGCUCCCGCAAUGGCAGGUGCAAAGUGGAACCCUCUGGGGCUGGUGAUGUUCAAUGAAGUCUCCACAGCCAGUGAGAGGCUGAGAGAUGGUGAGGGUCACCAGUAAAUAAUGGGGCUGGUGAGGGUCACCGGAAGGCACAGACGUUGGUGAGGAUCACCAAAUGAAACUAAGGACUGGUGAGGGUCACUGAAAGUCAAUGGAGCCGAUGAGGUAAACUGAAAGUGAAAGUGUGUUGAGGAUUUCUGAAUGACACCAGUGCGAUGCAGCUCAUCAGAAAACAGGAGGAUCACUGGAGCUGCUGGACGUGAGGUGCCAUCACAGAUUUGAUUAUGAAGACAAAGACAAGGCAGAUGCUGAUUCUGAAUCUAACUGAAAUAAAGCUUGUCAUCUUCAGUCA